AUGUCUUCGCACUAUGACAACACCCCAGCUUACUACACCGUCGAAGAAUACGAGCCCGAGAGUAUCAAAGUCGACCCAAAAGACUUCAACGGUAAGACUUCAAUCACCAAGGAAGAGAUGAUAAAUUUCUUUCGCAAGAAGGGUCUUUCACGCGAGAAGGUUCUCAAAGAAGUCGAAAAAGAGUUUGAAGCUCGAGCACCUCGCUAUAAUUCAUCGGGUGACAAAUGCACUUCAGCGUUCGAAUCCUGACAAUCUGACGGUCCUAGGUCUAACUAUAGCAGUGCAGGUUCUUAUGAUAGACCAAGUGGCUCAUAUGAGGACUACUGUCCAAGAUAUUCAUCCGGCUCGUCCCAUUCUCCACCCCGUUAUGGUGAGUACGUCCAGCCAGAGAAUACUAGUCGUUCAAGGACCUAUUCAUAUAGAGAUGUAUCUUCAAGCUAUGCCCCUCCUCCUCCUCGCCACGAUACGGGGAGUAUGUCAAUUCUGAGGCUGCGGGUCGCUCAUGGACCUAUUCGUCAAGAAGAGAUUCGUCGCCACCUCCACCGCCACCUCGAGCUCCCUCACCACCGCCCGCUUCUAGAUACACACAUGAUGACUUUUAUAACAGACGUGGCCAGGAUAAUUCAUCCUAUGAUGAGCCCAUUUCUCCAAUGCAUCGCUCACGCUCUCAUUAUGAGAAGCCAAGUAGCCGGCCUAGCAGAUGA